GCUAAAGGAAGCACAUUUCAACAGGUUCCUGUAAUGUUAUUGUUGUGACAACGUCUCCUGUCAUUAUUUAUUCAUUCUCUAACCUAUUUUGUAUUCAUUUCAGUGGUGACAGUUCUGUAAACGGGUAUCGUCGUGUGCAGUGUUUAUAUCGGUUAUAAUACAUGUAUUGUUAAGUGAAAAUGCCACCAAAUUUGUACCAAAGUGCAUAAGUUAUCGUGUGUAUUAUGUGUUUUUAAUAUUCUUAUGAGAUUGUCAUGGGUUCCAGAUUAAGGGAGGAUGCAAAACACUUCUUUGAAUGUUUUUGUGAAGUAGUGCCACCAACAAAUGAUAAAAAUGCAUGGAUUAUCCAGCAAUUCCCGGAAAAAUACAAGGACAAUGAGGUCCUAAAGGCAGUUCCAAAUUUUGCAUAUCCUUACAAAUUUGAAAACAAUGUCAUUCAACAUUAUUCUUUUGUCCUAACUGACUUGGAGUCAAAAUGGACAUUUGGAUUUUGUCGACAUGAUCCAAAAUCAGAAACUGCAAUUGUUGUUUUAAGCUACCUGCCAUGGCAUCAAGCUUUUUACAAAUUUUUGGACACCACUGCAGUAUUAAUGCACAGCCCCCGAUCAGAUGAUCUGCAGGAUUUUUUGUCUUCCAUAUAUAAUGCCAGGAUAGCAGAUCCGGGCCGAAAUUUUAUUGUUUCAUUUAAUCGGGGUGAAAGUGUUUUUUCGGUCGAGGUUCCUAGACCAUUCCAGCUUCCAAGUAUACCAGAAAAUAGAAACUUGACGGAAUACUACAAUGCAGUGGACAUCAACAACAUGAUCGUGGUGUUCGCAUCGAUGCUGUUUGAACGGCGGAUAGUGUUUACGUCGAAAAAACUGAAACGUUUAAGUGCGUGCGUGCAAUCCGCGAACGAUAUCAUCUAUCCGAUGAACUGGCAACACAUCUUUAUUCCGGUGUUGCCGAUGACGCUGCAGGACUACCUUUUGGCCCCCAUGCCAUUUUUGAUCGGCGUUCCUGAGGAAGUUUUUCAUAAUGUGCGAAGAAGCGAAAUCGGCGACGUCGUGAUACUGGACGCUGACGCCAACACUGUGGAAAGCCCUUUUGACGACAUCGACAACCUGCCCCAGGAAGUGGUUGGCUCAUUGAAAAAACAGCUGCGCAACAAGUCUGCGCUUUUGGGCGACGGGGUUUCAAGGGCGUUUUUGCGCGCCCUAGUUCAACUGAUCGGCGGUUACAGGGACGCCCUUAGCUUCAAGUUGGGAGAAAAAGUGACCUUCGACGAAGCCAGGUUUAUCGAAACCAGACCGGCCUCCUUACAACCGUUCCUGAGGAAAAUGCUGCAUCUACAAAUUUUCCAACAAUUUAUUGAGGAAAGAUUAGCAAUGUUAAAUAACGGCUUGGGAUUUUCCGACGAAUUUGAGAUGGAGGCGUGCCGUUAUUCGGAAAAAGCUAGUUCCAAAUUGAAACAGCAAUACAAAGACUGGACCUCUUCCAUGAAGAAAGAGGGAACUGCUUUCUUCAAAAGUGUCAAAGAAAAAGCAAAUCCUGCUAUGAAAUCAGCCGUUAAAACGGUUAAGGACGGUGGUAAAGGUAUGAAAAGUGCCUACAAAGGACUGAAAUCAAAACUGAAAGAAAACCAACCGCAACAACCAAAAUCUGCACCUAACUCGCCUACCGGUAAAAGACGGACAGUUCCCGGCUUCUCCCUACCGGGAGCCACCUACCGGAAAGAAAUGCAAUCGUUUAAAACAGCGGGAAUAGAAAGCCGGUACAGUCCGUUGUAUCUGUCGUCGCAGCCCGUAUCUCCGGACACGCGCGACGGUUCCCGAAGCGGCAGCCCGAGCCUCGUGAUACCGCCGAUAGAUCUGAUGAGCGAAAUGAAGGACUACUUUAAGCUGAACACGCCACCUGUCGAUCGAUCUCUAAAACCCGUUCGAAGUUUAGAAAACUUCAAAAGUACCUCCUCCCCCAUAACCAGUCCUGAUCAUUGGAUGUUCCCCGCUAGGUCGGGCGCACCAAUGGCAUCUCCCCCAAACCGUCUAUUUCUCCAAAACCUGAACGCCCAAGAGACCCAGAACCUACUUCAGUCUCCCGACGACGUAUUCCUGUCCCCCCCGUCCGUGCCCCCGCGGGGGGGUCCGCCCCCUAAAGACCUGUUUGGCACGGAGCCUUUCGUUAUCGGUGGCGGGCACGCAGAAAAUGGAGAUCCGCUGUUUUAUGUUGCUAAUCAGCAUUCGGUCGAUAUUGUUAAACUGUCGCCACCCACUUGUUCACCCAGGAGGAAGACCACUCUCAAGUUUAAAAAUAUACAUUUAAAAAUGAAAUCUUCGAAGGUGAGGGUUUUUCUGCAGUCUUGCUGUGUUUUUAAAUUAAAAACCAUAACAUCGUUUUUAUUCUAUGUGCAUGACUAUCAUCGAGUGAACAGACUAAAAUCGCUGUGUAACCAGGAUAUCGAUCAUUUUAUGCAUGCAUGCAUUUUCCAUUAGCCUUGUAAAUAAAAAGAACGAAACUUUUUCGAAAUGUGACAACAAAAUUUGCUUUUCUUGCAGUUGGAAGACGAAACGGAAGACCUAAUUCGCUUAGACUCCUCCUCCUCCGAUAUGGAGCUCUUCGAUCCUCUUUGUUCGCCCUCGAACGCGUCCGAUCGGAACCGUACGGUUCCGAUGUCGCUCUCGAACCCGCUAUACAAUUAUCAGAACGUCAAUUUAAGCAACGGCAAUGUGCCACAUUUUCAGCAACAACAGCAGCAGCAGCAAACGAAUAACGCGAGAGGCGAGUCUAGUCGCAACGAUCAGGAUUUGCUUAAAGAAUACGGUCUGCACUUCAGCACUUUUAACAUUUCCGAUCCGUUCUCGUCGAACGUGAACAAAGUAAAUUCGCAAAGCCAGUGGACUAAAUUCGAGUAAGAAAUAACAAAAGUGAUAAUUAAUUUAAAGGUACUACAGUGAAUUCCAAGUUUUACAUCCUAGUCGUGAACGAUGAUUUGAGAUGGGUUUUUGUUUAAUCCCCUGUAAUUCGUGAUUUUAUAUUUGUAUCAAGUUAAGUAAUUGAAUUGUGGAGAGAAUUCAUGUGCAAAAUUAUUUUAAAGUUUUAUUUAUACACCAAUUUUAAAUAUUUAAUUGUUUUUGAUUGUCCUCUAUUUUUAUUUAUACAUACAUACCUAAAAAAAGAUAGAUAUUAUGGAACUGUUAAAUAGCACAAACUUUAAUAUACAAUUUUAAUUGUUAUACUUUUAGGUAAGAUUAGAAGUACCUAAACUAAAUAAAAAAGUCAGUUCUUUAAUUAAUU